AUGCAUGCAAGCAGAGUCUCGUCGUUGCGGCCGAAUCUUCGGGCCGCCUUUCGCCAGCGUACCCCAUGGCAAUUCACCCAGUCCACGGGCCGGAGAGGCUACGAGACCCUCCAAGAGCGCAUUGCCACUGGAAGCGACAGGCCAUGGCAAAUUGCCGCUCUGGCGGUCACGGUUCCGGGCGUCCUGUAUUUGCGAAGCGGGGGUGUCCGUCCCGGACCUUCUCGGGGGGCGCCCGCUGGGGAAGAAAAAGUGGUCGAACAAGUGGCAGCACCCAGCCGAGAAUCCGAGGCCGAAUCAACGCCACAAGCCAAGUUCGAGGCGGCAGUUGAAAAGACUCGAAACUCCGAUUCGGAGAGCGCAAGCAGCAGCGAUUCUGAGGGCGCGACGACGCCAUCCAGCGCCAGCUCAGACUCUGAGCAGGGCGAGGCCAGGCAACUGGGCGAGCCAACAGAUAGUUUGGCUGAGAAACCGAUUGGCUUGCAGGCCUCUCAGCAAGAAGAACCGACUGAGAAGUAG